UUCAAUUUCGUUACGCUCUUUGUUUUAAUGGAUGGAUGCACACUGAAUUGUAAACGCGGGACAGACGAUAGUGUUUUCAGAUGAGUAACAUAAAUCAAGAUUCGUUGGAUAAUUACAACCCGUUUGACGAUCCUGCACCAAGAUAUGAAACAUUAACACCAACUAGUAAAGAUUCAGUUCUGGAUGAUCGAAGUUCCAGUUAUGCAGUGGAUAUUCCGCCGCCACCACUUCCACCAAUGGAAACGAAUCCACCAUUUGUUAAAGCUACAGCUGGUAAUGAGAGCAUCCUGGCAUUAGAACGUAGACAAGCUGAACUUGAAGCUCGUGCAGCUGAACUGGAUCGUCGAGAGAAAGAACAACAAGCUCGCAUGAAUUCUAUCCAAUCGACUCCAAAUCCACACAAUUGGCCACCUUUCCCACCAUUUUGUCCAUGUAAACCAUGUGUUAGACAAGAUUUUGAUAAUGAUAUCCCGUAUGAUUGUCGAUGGAUGGCUAAAACAGGUUAUGGAAUUUGGUUAGGUUAUGCUGCCUUACUGAUACUCAAUAUGGGUGGAACACUUGGCUAUUUUAUUGUUGGUACUGGUGCAGCUGAAGGACCAUUGUUUGGUGCAUCUAUCUUGUUAACUCUUGUUAUGCCUCCGUUGAGCUUCUUCGGUUGGCAUCGGCCUUUGUAUAAAGCAUUAAGGUCAGACAGUUCAAUUAAUUAUAUGAUAUUUUUCAUCUUCUUCUCUGCUCAAACAAUUGUCAUUUUAAUCCAAUGUCUUGGUAUUGAUUAUCUCGGAUCAUGUGGUUGGAUCAAUGGGAUCAAAACUUUGAAUCAUCAUGAUGGUGUUGGCAUUUUUAUGCUCUUAAUUGCUACUAUGUUCUCCGUGCUUGCCGGAUUCUGUGCCUUCUUAUUAUAUAAGGUGCAUCGAUAUUAUCGAUCAUCAGGUGCAAGUUUACAAAAAGCUAAAUUAGAAAUGACCAACGCCGCGAUGUAUGAACAUGCUGCUACAGGAUUUGGUGCAAUGCCGUAAAAAAAUUCUGAUCAUGACGAGAAGGUGAAGAAUAGAAGAAGAAUAAAACCGGGUCAAAUUUCACUAAUCCAUCCCCUCCCCCCCCACACCUUGAAAAACAAACAAAUAUUAAUAAUACAUGAUCUAUACUACUUAUAUGCGCAUAUGCAAAGUAUCCCGUGAUACAUAUCAUUCUGCUAACCUUAUACACUCUUCUCUUAUUAUUAUUAUUAUUAUUAUUAUUAUUAUUAUAUAUUAGCUGACAGAAAAGAGAAGCAAUACAUAUACAACAUAUAUUAUGGCUGUGAAAUGUAUUCAACCUUUGUUUUCAUUUUGUCUUCUCUUUCUCUAUUCAUUGUGAUGAUAACCAGUGUUGUUUCAUCAUUUAUGACGUGUCUUUUUGAUGAUACUGGACAAGUUGAUUUUUUCGUCAGGAUGGCUUGUUUGUUUGCUUGUGUGUGUGUGUGCGUGACAGGAACUGCUCCAAAACACAAAGUUCAUCAUUCCAUUCCCAUUUCCCUCUUUUAUUAUUUUUCUGUUGUUUUUUCUUUCCCCGGAAAACAUACCUAAAUAUUGCCUUCUAUGCGGUAACCUUUUGUUUGUUUGUUUGUUUUUCUACAGUGAACUAUGACUACGUCAUCAUCAUCAUUCCAUUGUGACUGAGAAUUUCUCUCUUUUUUUAAUGUUAUGUAACGUUGUUUGUUCUUAUUUUAUUUAUAUUUAAAAAACAAGUUGAGUUUUUCUUUGUCUCCCCUGCCUCUCUCGCUCUCGCGCGCUCUAUUUGUGUGUGUGUGUGUGUGUGUUGUUUUACUUGCGUGUUACCCCCU